AUGGACGCGGCCCACCGAGCCGCUCUGCACGCCGUCUCCUGUCUCCAUACGCCGGUGGACCCGCGCACCAGAGCGCCCAUCGCGCUCUACGAACGGGAGCCAGGAAGGCCCAGGGCGGCGGGGGGCGAGCGCCAGGAUUGUUUGAAUCCUGAGAGAGAGCAGAGUUGCACUAAUGAUGAUACAGAAGAUUGGAUAGACCUUUCCAAAAUGUACCUUUCAAAUCAAGAAUAUUACUUAAAACUGGAAGAACUUAAACAUGCUCACCUGGAGACCAUGGCAAAAUUGGAAAACAUGUAUCAAAAUAAAUUGUACCUAAAAGGAGUUCAACCUUUAGUCAACAUGGAUGUGACCCAUAAUACUAGUUUUAGAUCAACAUGGGAGACAAACUCAUUUCACCUUCAAAAUAUACGUAAAUCGUUCUCCGAACCUGAUUUAAACAAUUCUUUCUGUUCAUAUUUAUCAGAUAUGUCUGAUAAAGAACUAGAGUUAGAAGAAAAUGACAGUGAAUGUGGAUCACUUACAUUUGGUUUGGAACAAAUUGAAAAUGCGUGGGAUGGGUGUUCUCUGGAGGAUUAUUCCCACUGCACCAGAAGUAUCACAUCCAAAUUACUGCCUUUGAAAAAGAGCAGGAGGAAGAAGAAAAAAUGGACCCCAAAGAUAACAGUACCAGAGCCUUUCCAGAUGACUAUUCGAGAAGCUAAGAAAAAACAACAGAAUACCAAAUCAAAGUCACUAAUAGAACUGGAAAAUAACUUGCUGAAGAAACAAUUAGAGGAGGAAGCAGAGUGUCAAAAGAAAUUCCGAGCCAAUCCAGUGCCUGGUUAUGUCUUUGUCCCUCUCUAUCAGGAAAUAAUGCAGCAAAAUGAGGAACGUAGAAAGUCCCUUAGAGAAAGAAGGAGAGCGAUCCUUCUAGCCACACAAAAGCCAUUCCAGUUUAUUGAAAGAGAAGCCCAAAAGAAGGAAAUGAGGAAAAUGCAGUUGAAGGACCUUUCCUCACCUGAAAAGAAGGCAAAAGUGUUCAAAGCAAAGCCAGUUCCUAAAUUUGUUUACAGUUCAGAAAUCAGUGAGAAGCAAAAGGAAGAAGAGCUCUACAGAGAUCUUAGAAUUCAAAUGAGAUCAGAAGAGCUUCUACGCAAUUCAUCUCUUCCCAACACCAGGUUAGGAAGCAGAGGAACCAAUAAGCAUAGGCAGCAAGACCACCUUGAACAUAGUGAGGAAUCAGAAUGCAAGCUGAAGACCAAAGCCAAGGUUCCAGAUUUUGAAACGUUACAUAAAAAAUUCCAGAACCAGCUUCAGAGACAGAAGAAAGUGAAACACAUCACAGUUUGUGAACCUUUCAACCUCUGUACGGCAAAUAUCCCAUCCAACAAAGAAAGAAUUCUUGAGGACAUCCAAACGGAUGAAGAAAAUUUAAAAGAAACACGUUGGCCCUAUGCCUCUUCAAGAUGUAACCCUCAAAUGAGAUCGUUAAAUGCACAUUCAUCUCGUUUGGGAUGUGAUGAAUCUUCAUCUCCAAGAAUAACAGAAUCUACAAGAAAACGAUUACAAGCCAUAAGGGAAUCAACUGAGGGAAAAAAGAAGGUAGAAGAAGAGCAGAAAAGGAGAAGAGCCAAACAGAAACAAAGAGCAAGGAAACUACAGAGACUUAUAACCACCCGGGCUGAGGCGAAUGAUCCACAUCAGAGCCUAGCUCAGAUGUAUAAAUCGAAGUUAAAAAUAUACAGGAAACAUGAAAAACAGAGAAUGAGAGACUAUCUCCAGGAGCUGGAAGAAAUUGAAGAAAGGGUAGAAAAGAGGCCGCUGUUGUUGGAACAAGCUACACAGAAAAAUGCACGGAUAGCAGCAGAGAAACAUUACUCUGAUAUACUCCGAGAAAUGGGACUGUGUGAAGAGUUUGUUUCAAUGAAAGGCCAAACGGCUCCAGAAAUGCUUUUGCCAGACCAUUCUAGUGAUGGCUCUGAAGGCCUGGCAUCAGAUGGAGGAAGUGAUGAUGAAAAUAAAAUAGAAGAAAGAGAAUCUCUAGGAGAGGAGGAGAAGUCACAAGGAGAGGAGAAGUCACAACUCCAGUCAGCUCAGUCAUAUGAAUAUCUCCAUCUAGAGCCGGCAGUUGUGACACUGGAUUGGCUGCUCACAGCUAUUGCUGAACAUUCCAGCUACAUGCAACUUGCUUUCGAUAAACCAUUGAUUGUCUAA